AUGCCGGCAGCGAAUCGCGACUUUUUGGCUCGCGCCGCGAUUCUUGCUGGCCUGCUGCCGCGGCUCGACAGCACCUUUUUGCGCAUGUCGCAAGCUGGCGUCGCCGACGUUCUCGAGGUAAUGCUGGUAGCAGGAGCCAGCGUCAACGCGGUUUCGGCAAGCGGCGCCACGGCGCUGCACAUAGCUCUUGACAGGUGGUCCGAGAAGCAAACCACCUUUCAUCGGAACCAGUGCGGAAGGCAUGACUUUGACCUCGUCAUCGAGGUCCUUCUGCAGCAACCAUCCCUGGACAUCAGCUUGGUGGACGCUACUGGCAGGACAUUGCUGAUGGCGGCAGUGCAAGCUCGACACUUUUCUGCGUUGCAAGAGCUGCUGCGGCGUGGCACAACAGCGACCACCCUCGCCGCCCUUCAGUCCGGAGAGACUCCACUGCACACCUCUGUCAAAGUCGCACACAUUCUCAUAGCCGCCUCAAAGUGGAGGACCCGACACGGGAACACCUACGUCGAUAGCUCUAGGUUUGAAUGUUCGCACGACUCGAUCAAGACGUACAACAUGUCGUCCGCAUCGAGCUUGUACGACGACUCCGCUACUCGCACCGAUCCAACUGCGUUGCGCGCCGAAGUCUACGAGUGGAACGCCAAGUUUGUCCAGGCUCUCUUGGAUGCCGGAGCCAAUGUCAGCGCAACCGACCUCCUGGGGCGCACCGCCCUCCACUACGCCGCCCGGCAAGGCAACGGCGCGGCCUUGCUGCUGCUGCUUGAUGCACAGGCAGGCACGGAGCAGCGGGAUGCCUUUGGACACAGGGCAGCCGACCACGCAGCCGAUGGGGGUUAUGAGGAGCUUGCGGCGCUCUUGAGCGAGCACACGCCAUCCAGGAGAACCCUCCUCCCAGGCACGAUUGCCCGCCCAAUGUUUGUCAACCGGGUGUCGCCAAGGCUGCCCGGUUGGGGGAGACCGCGCACGGUGCCGGUGGUGGAGGGCGAGGACUUAUCAAGAGUGCGUUGCGACGUUGACGUGCGUGAAGAAAUGGACUCGGCAGAGUUUGCCCGUGACUUCUUUUCGCGGCAGCGACCCGUCCUCUUGCGAGGCGCGCUGCGUGAGGACUUGGGCGCGUGGGAGCGGGAGGCGCUGCAAGUUGGCCUCGACGACACGGGGCUCCGUGUGUUCACGCUUGCUUCACCGCGCGCGGGCCGCUCCACGAUAAAGCCGCUGCCGGAGUUUGAAGCCAUCCAAAACGGAGAGCAGCACAAGCUCAGCCAGCACGCUUCGGACUCCACCCUCUCGCCGGAUACCGUUGUCGAGGCGCGAUGGGCGCCGCACGCGCACCUGCAUAAUCACACCCUGGAGCUACUAGACCUGCAGCCCGUCACUGGCUGGGUGAGCGAGCUCGCGCGCGGCAUGGCGGUGCUCAACAACUACCAGAUCAACGUGGGCUCGCCCUUCUCCGGCACCUCCCUCCACUUCCACUACAUGGCGGUGAGCGCAUUGCUGCACGGCCGGAAGCGGUGGUUCCUAUACCCUCCUGCCGACGCAUCGUACAGCAACGCCCACUUCUUUGAUGACUUUGAGCCUGCGCGCCGCGGUCAGCUCGGCCGCCAGCUGGAGUGCACGCAACAGGCUGGCGACGUCUUGUUUGUGCCCAGCCUCUGGGCGCACGGCGUGCUCUACGAGGAGAACUCGGUCUCGGUCUCCUUUCUAUACAGUGAUAGCCAGAGUUCAGGCGGGACAUAG